AGGAGCCGACGCCGGUGCAGCGAGGCGCGCGCUCGGGCUGCCCGCGCCGCCUUCUCGGCCACGUUCUCCUGCGGGAGCCCGGGGAGCCAGUGACCUUCAUGGGGGAAGCGAGGCGCGGGGCCCCCAGAGCAGCAGGUCAAUGGCCAGCAAGGAGGGGGGUCCGAGCCGGCGGCGGCGGCGGCGGCCGUGGUGGCAGCGGGAGACAAAUGGAAACCUCCACAGGGGACGGACCCCAUCAAGAUGGAGAACGGCCAGAGCACAGCCGCCAAGUUGGGCCUGCCCCCCCUGACGCCCGAGCAGCAGGAGGCCCUGCAGAAGGCCAAGAAGUACGCCAUGGAGCAGAGCAUCAAGAGCGUGCUGGUGAAGCAGACCAUCGCGCACCAGCAGCAGCAGCUCACCAACCUGCAGAUGGCAGCGCAGCGGCAGCGGGCACUGGCCAUCAUGUGCCGGGUCUACGUGGGCUCCAUCUACUACGAGCUGGGGGAGGACACCAUCCGCCAGGCCUUCGCCCCCUUUGGUCCCAUCAAGAGCAUCGAUAUGUCCUGGGACUCUGUCACCAUGAAGCAUAAGGGCUUCGCCUUUGUGGAGUACGAGGUCCCGGAAGCCGCACAGCUGGCCUUGGAGCAGAUGAACUCGGUGAUGCUGGGCGGUCGGAACAUCAAGGUGGGCCGGCCCAGCAACAUCGGGCAGGCCCAGCCCAUCAUCGACCAGCUGGCCGAGGAGGCGCGCGCCUUCAAUCGCAUCUACGUGGCCUCGGUGCACCAGGAUCUCUCAGACGACGACAUCAAGAGCGUGUUUGAGGCCUUUGGCAAGAUCAAGUCCUGCACGCUGGCCCGAGACCCCACCACCGGCAAGCACAAGGGCUACGGCUUCAUCGAGUACGAGAAGGCCCAGUCGUCCCAGGACGCCGUGUCCUCCAUGAACCUCUUUGACCUGGGGGGCCAGUACCUGCGGGUGGGCAAAGCUGUCACCCCCCCCAUGCCCCUGCUCACGCCUGCCACGCCUGGAGGCCUCCCACCUGCGGCCGCAGUCGCCGCUGCCGCUGCCACAGCCAAGAUCACAGCCCAGGAAGCAGUGGCUGGAGCAGCCGUGCUGGGCACCCUGGCCACACCUGGACUGGUGUCCCCUGCCCUGACGCUCGCCCAGCCCCUGGGGGCUCUGCCCCAGGCCGUCAUGGCAGCGCAGGCCCCGGGCGUCAUCACAGGUGUGACCCCCGCCCGGCCUCCCAUUCCCGUCACCAUUCCCUCCGUCGGCGUGGUGAACCCCAUCCUGGCCAGCCCGCCCACGCUGGGCCUCCUGGAGCCCAAGAAGGAGAAGGAGGAGGAGGAGCUCUUCCCCGAGUCGGAGCGGCCCGAGAUGCUGAGCGAGCAGGAGCACAUGAGCAUCUCGGGCAGCAGCGCGCGCCACAUGGUCAUGCAGAAGCUGCUGCGCAAGCAGGAGUCCACCGUGAUGGUGCUGCGCAACAUGGUGGACCCCAAGGACAUCGACGACGACCUGGAGGGGGAGGUGACGGAGGAGUGCGGCAAGUUCGGCGCCGUCAACCGCGUGAUCAUCUACCAGGAGAAGCAGGGCGAGGAGGACGACGCCGAGAUCAUCGUCAAGAUCUUCGUGGAGUUCUCCGCGGCCUCCGAGACUCACAAGGCCAUCCAGGCCCUCAACGGCCGCUGGUUCGCCGGCCGCAAGGUGGUGGCCGAGGUGUAUGACCAGGAGCGCUUCGAUAACAGCGACCUCUCCGCGUGACCGCGCGGCCCCUGGACCUGGACUUGCCCCUGUCCCCGUCUGUCACCGGCUGUUGGAGAGCCGCGGGCAGCCUGGGCGACGCCGUGGCCCGCGCGCGCCUGGAUAAAGGUGCAGCUGCUGCUGGCCCUCCGCGCUGGA